AUGAACAUAGACAUCAACAGUCAUCCAGCCUUCUCGCACAUACCACCAUGGGUCAAAGCAAAGCUGCGUCCCAUCGCAAUCUCAAAGAUACACCAAGUAUACGAAUGGGUCGAGACGGAGUGUAUACCAGCAGAGCGCAUAUACAAAGCCCAACUCAGCGCAAGCAAGACGAGAUGGGAGACUCCGGCCAUCAUCCACGAGCUGCGAAAAAAGGCAAAGGCGCAAGGACUAUGGAAUCUAUUCCUACCAAACCACUUCGUUGAGAGUCCUGGGUUAACGAAUUUGGAGUAUUCAUGCUGCGCAGAGAUAAUGGGAAGAGUGUAUUGGGCAGCGCAGACCAUGAACUGCCAUGCCCCGGAAACCGGCAACAUCGAACUCCUCGCAAAAUACUGCACCCCAUCUCAAAAAGAAAAAUGGCUCCAUCCCCUCAUGAACGGUGACAUGUCCUCGGCCUACAGCAUGACAGAACCCAACGUUGCCUCCUCAGACGCCACGCAAGUUGGCAUAAAAAUGGAAAUCACAGACAAAGAAGUCAUCAUCAACGGCCGCAAGCUCUACGGCAACUGCCAAUACAACCCGGAAAUGCAACUUUUCAUUCUGAUGGGAUGCUCCGACCCAUCCAACCCUAAUCCCUGGAACAGACACACAACGCUCGUUGUGCCCGCCAAUUCCCCGGGGCUCCGGCAGAUCAGAAAUCUCAGCAUAAUGGGCUACGACUGGGCGCCCGAGGGCCACGGCGAAUACGUAUACGACAAUGUGCGGGUGCCCCUCGAAAACAUCAUUUUAGGUCCCGGCCGCGCCUUCGAAAUCGCUCAAGGGCGACUAGGUCCCGGUCGUAUACACCACUGCAUGCGGCUCAUCGGCCAAGCCGAACGCGCCUUCGAACUCGCGCUCGUGCGAUGCAUGGAGCCACGCAAGAAGCCGCGGGGCAAGUUCAUCGGCGAGUUUGACAGCAAUAUUGAGCGGAUAGCGGAUAUGCGCAUGACGAUCGACGCGAUGCGGCUGGUCGUUCUCAACGCAGCGGAUACCAUGGAUCUACAGGGCAAUAAGGCGGGCAAGUAUGCGAUUGCGCAGAGCAAAAUUAUGGUGCCGAAUGCGCUACUGAAGGUUAUCGACGAGGCGAUGCAGAUGUAUGGUGGGCAGGGGCUCACGCAGCAUACGCCUUUGCCUGAGAUUUGGACGUAUGCGCGGUUUGUGAGGGUUGCUGAUGGGCCGGAUUCGGCGCAUAGACAUCAGGUUGGAAGGGAUCAGAUGAAAACGGCGCAGGAGUUUAGGGAUAAGGCGAAGGGGUAUACGGAGAGGUAUAGGGAGUUGUGUAAGAAGUGGGAAUUGGAGCCGGAGGAGUUUGAGGGGAUAUUGUAG